AUGUUAUCUUCAUUAGAUUUAGAAAGGCUAAUUACAGAGAAAAAACUUGAAAUAGAGAAGGAGAAAACUGUUUUGGGUUUGAUGCCGUCUUUAUCAUAUAAAAAUGUAGAAGAAAACAAAGAGAAUAAUAACACACGGACGGAGAACAAAGAGAAUAAUAACACACGGACGGAGAAGACAGUGAACUUUUCGAAUGGGGUUUUACCGGAGCGUUCAAUGAAACCGAAUGAGAAGUUUCAAGAAAACCCGCAGAGAACCUUCACCGAGUUUGAUGAAGAAAUACCUCCGGAUUUGGAGAGAUAUAUACGGGUGAGCGAUCUUCUUGCAUGA